AAGGGUAGCCUCGUCCACGUGAUUGGCUACAGAUGCUCAGGGGGUCCUUUUUUGAAAGUCACAAUUCUCGUGGCGCUUUCUCAUGAAUCCUGGCGCCACCGUUCCGGCCGCCCGGAGGCCACCGUACGCCCUGGCGGGGUCUCCUUCUACCCCUCACGCGACUCCUUCCGCCCCACCCGCCCGGUCCCUCUUCAGACACGUGCACUACGAGAACCUGGUGGCCGGGCUGAGCGGCGGCGUUGUCUCCACGCUGGUGCUGCACCCGCUCGACCUGGUGAAGAUCCGCUUCGCAGUGAGUGACGGCUUGAAAGUGAGGCCAAAAUACAGUGGUAUCUUGCACUGUUUGACAACUGUAUGGAAACAAGAAGGACUACGUGGUCUGUACCAAGGAGUGACUCCAAAUGUAUGGGGUGCAGGUGCCUCUUGGGGUCUGUACUUUUACUUCUACAAUGCAAUUAAAGCAUACAAGACAGAGGAUAAGGUGGAAAGCCUUGGAGCUACUGAACACCUGGUGUCAGCUGCUGAAGCUGGAGCCAUGACGCUGUGUAUUACAAACCCAAUUUGGGUAACCAAGACAAGGCUUGUGUUACAAUAUGAAGCUGGCGUUGACUCCUCAAAGAGGCAAUAUAAAGGAAUGCUUGAUGCCCUUAUAAAAAUAUACAAGUAUGAAGGUAUACGUGGUCUAUAUAAGGGAUUUGUGCCUGGUCUGUUUGGAACAUCCCAUGGAGCACUUCAGUUCAUGGCUUAUGAAGAAUUGAAAUCAAAAUAUAAUAGACAUCGAAACAGACGAUCAGAUUUUAAAUUGAGCACUUUAGAAUAUAUCACAAUGGCAGCCCUGUCAAAAAUAUUUGCAGUUGCAUCAACAUAUCCAUAUCAAGUUGUGAGAGCACGUCUUCAGGAUCAGCAUAAUAAAUACUCAGGCGUAAUUGAUGUCAUCCGUAGGACAUGGAGGAAUGAAGGAGUUUAUGGAUUUUACAAAGGGAUUGUCCCUAACGUGAUCAGAGUUACUCCCGCAUGCUGCAUUACAUUUGUAGUGUAUGAAAAAGUAUCCCAUUUAUUACUUGGCUUGAAGAAUGGUGCUUAAAUAUUCCAGUUACCUCAGGACAUUAUCAGACUCUGCAGCAGAUCGGGAAUACUUUAUAGUUGUCUGGCUGAAGACUGAAUUUUUCUGUAAUUCACAGGGGAUGCCAGAGACUUGAACACCAUUGAUUGUGCUUGAUAUAGUUCUUCUAUAUUUGAACCUGAAUUAUUUGCCUGGAAUAUCAUUCUAUCUCAGCCUUCUGAUUCAGUGAAUACAUGGAGCCCACAACA